AUGAAUUCGGAGGUACUUAUGAAGAUGGUAGCACCAGAGAAAUACUUGCAGAUGGCAGACUUGUUUAGUCGCAUGAUUUUUUACCUGAGGUUGCUUGGUCUGCACAAGAAACCAUCCACUUUUCGCAGUAUUUGUGCCCUAGUGGAAUUCAUGGGCCAUAAAAAAAAGUUCACCUGCAGGCAUCUGGCUCAGAUAAAAUUUUUACUGCCCGAAGCCAUACAGAUAGAUGCAGUUUAUGUGCAGGACAUUAAAACUGGGCGCAUGAAACCAGACAUAAACAUCACCUUGCUGUUCCACGACGUUUUUGUUCUUGUACAAGGUGGUGGUCAACCGUCCGAUCAAUUUGAAGCUCUGCGCCAGCUUUUUGUGUCUAGGCUUGUUCAGUUUUUGUCUGAGAAUGCUGAGGCUUGUGAUGUUCCGGAGGCUGUGUUGCCUCAGCCUUUUGGCCAUAAUGGGCAAGAAACUCACGCUGCAACCGCAAUUGAAACGGAGAUGUUGGCGGAGCAAGUCCCCGUCCAUAUUCAUCAAGAUUUCUUGAACCUCAAGAUACAGGACGACCUUCAGCAAUUUCAUUAG